AUGUAUCCUCCGGAAAGGUACAUCUGUACAUUAAAGUCAUAUGUUCGCAACAGAAGUCGGCCCGAAGGUUCUAUUGCAGAGGCAUAUCUGGCUGAGGAGUGCUUAACUUUCUGCUCAAGAUACUUGCAUGGAGGUGUGCAAACAAGACUUAAUAAACGGCCUCGGAAUGAUGAUGAUCCUAACGAAGACGAAGUUGUGCCAUCAAAGUUGUUUUCUAACAAAGGUCAUUCAUUAGGCGUGGGAAAUGGAGAACCAAUUAAUCUAGAUGACAGAUCAAUUGCUCAAGCCCAUGUGUAUGUAUUACAUAAUUGUGAAGAAGUGGCAGAUUAUGUUAGGAAUAAGGAAUUUAUUGAUCUUAAAGCUACAUCAAGUAAGAAUUUGCUUAGACAAUUCGAGGCUAAGAGACAAAGGAUUGUAACUGAACGCAAGAAAUAUGAAAUGGAAGCUGCAGCUGCUAAUGACAAGGAGAAAGCUGAGCGAAGGGUGGAUGAACCUAAAAGUCAAUUGGAGAUGCGUGCAACCAAAGGACAGAAGAAAUCCACGUCAAAGAAGCUGGAUUUUAGUCAUCUACAAAGCACAUUCGACUCUAUUAGCAAAAGGACUAACUCCACGCCUACCACCUUGGAAGUACAGCCAAAUAUUCCACCACAACAGCCAGAAAAUAAAAAGAGAAAGGAGCUAUUGACCAUGUUUACUGCUGAGAAAGUCAAGAAUGGAGUGCAGGGUGGAAAAUCAACACAAGGCUUGAAGAAGUCUAAGCCUACAAACAUGGAGGCAGAUGAACUUACAAGGAAGCUCGAAGCAAUUAGUAAACUGAACAAGAACGUGUCAACAAGUCUAAGCCAAGAGCGGAGUUGUCCAAGUUCUACUCAACUCACAAUCAAUAAAGGGCAGCAGCAAAAUAUUCAACUCACAGAUGAAGAGACUCAAACAGGGAAAGAUGACACAACUUUUCCUUCUCCUGAAACUACCCCACACAAUGAAAAUGCAAUGUUGGAGCAAGGAAUAUCAACAAAGGGUAAGAGGAUGCCAGGAGUAAAGGCUACAACAAUUGACGAAUUCUUAAAGGAAAAUGGAAUAGAUGUGGAAAUUGAAGGACCAAGCACUGAACUAAGUGAGGACGGGGAAGAAAGCAUGGCACUUGAUAAAGACUAUUAUCAACAUGUGAUGGAGGACAUUGAUGAUGAAGAAGGAGAGCCAAAGAAGAAGAAAACCCGUGGAAAAACAACUUGCAAGGAGAUUUAUGCAAGGACUAUGGAACAGCGGGAAGAAGUCACUUUUGAUCUUGGACAGCCCAUAGAACCAACCGACCAAAGUGUUUCUAAUUUAACUAGUUUUGUUGGCACUAUUGGUAGAAGUAAAAGAUUCGUUAGUCUUUUGUACACUAGUUGGCAUGCUGUUCCUCCUAAAGCUAAGAAGUUCAUGUGGGACUAUGUUAACGUAAGACACUUGACCAAGUUUCUCCUCCCAGACAGUGGAGAAAAGUGGGUAAUGCAAGCGAUUCGAGAUGCUUGGAAGCGGUUCAAAGGAAAGAUUAAGCAAAAGCACUUCGUUCCCUAUGAUACUAUUGAAGAUAUGGUGAAGAAUCGACCCCCACAAGUACCAGAAAGUGGUUUCAUAAAAUUGAUCUAUUAUUGGAGUCAUCCUCUAAUCCAGGUAAAAGACUAUAUAUGUCGACUUUUCAUGUGAAACUAUUUGACUAUU